CAAGAUUAAAAUCCUUUCUAACAAAACAUUAGAAAUGCAGUCGAUAUCUGCUCCUCAUCAUCCGUUGCCCAAUUGUUUCAACCAUUUUCACUUCCACCAUCUCAUUCCCCACCCAACCAAGAAAUUCACCCUCCAAUCCUUUCCCAAACGAGACGUUUCUCACUCCAGAAACCCAUCUUCAAUCCCUCUAGCUCAAGCCCACAGCUACAUCAAACCUCAAGAAAGACGUCACAAAAGCACCGAAUCCGACCCAUAUCAGAACCCCCCACUGGUUCUUCAAUUUUUCUCUUCCACCGGCAACAACUCGUCGGAAAACCUAGACCCAGAAGCCCAAAUUGGUGAAAACGAGGAAGAACAAGGCAACGGCGAAACCAAGACCGCUAAGGGACUUUUCACAAACAUGUGGUGGGUGGACUUGAAAGCCGCCUUGGGACAGAGGUUUAACACCGGUGCGAUCGUUUGCGCGGUCGGAGUGGUCGUGAGAGACCGCCAUUUGGCUCUCCCUCACGUCGCCGUGAAGGAUAUUGGCUACAUUGAUUGGGAGGAGCUCCGGAGAAGGGGUUUCAAGGGCGUUGUGUUUGAUAAGGAUAAUACUCUCACCGUGCCUUACUCGUUGAGACUUUGGGGUCCUCUCGCGCCUUCAUUUGAGCAGUGCAAAUCCGUCUUUGGCCCCAACAUUGCGGUUUUCAGUAACUCUGCCGGGCUGUAUGAGUACGAUCAUGAUGGUUCAAAAGCUAGGGUGCUUGAGCGGGCUAUUGGAAUUAAAGUCAUAAGGCACAGAGUAAAGAAACCGGCUGGGUCAGCAGAAGAAAUUGAGAUGCACUUUGGUUGCAAAUCAUCUGAACUCAUUAUGGUGGGUGAUCGGCCCUUAACUGACAUUGUUUAUGGGAAUAUGAAUGGUUUUCUGACUGUUUUGACUGAGCCUUUGAGUCUUGCGGGAGAGCCAUUCAUUGUCAGGCAGGUGAGGAAACUAGAAACAACCCUGGUUAAAUGUUGGUCCAGGAGAGGGUUGAAGCCAACAACUCACAGGCUAUUACCAGACGCCAGACAGUGUGUGAUAGAUCCAACAAAUGCAUAGAAAUAUCAUCGAUACAUGCGAAAGCAGAUAUUCUUUUAGCCAUCAGAAUAAGGUUUUUUUGUUAUACCAUUCUUUUAUUCUAGAAAAGAGCAGGAAAUGAAGUUCACCAUUUUUCUUAUUUGUAUUGCAUAUUCCAGUUACUGUUAAUGUCUAACCAAAAUCUGGGUCCAAGCUGUAGAGAAGAUUGGUUAGAUAAGAAAACUAAAUAGUUCAAGCACCGAAUCGUUUGACAAGUAAACUGAUGGAAUUUUGAUGUCCUAAAAUGUGACAAAGCUUCCGAGUGUCAUCUUCUUUCAUUGGACAGUAGCAAAUUUGUUUCAGGAAUAUGUAGAGUUUCCUAGAACAUCAUAUGCAAAAGGCUUAGAGUUUCCAAGAAUUUCAUGUGACGGGUUGUAUUUUCCACUGCAGAACUUGAAAAAUUGGUCACUUUUGUUUUUGGUUAAGAGAAGGAUUAUCUGUGACGAUGCUGCAAUCGUCUCCA